AUGAACGCCACAAAGCGCAAGUUCAAUACCCUUUUGCAAGGAAUCGGUUCUUCACACUCAAAAACAGGCGACGAUGCCGCGUCCCAUCUAGAGGCUGGUUCCUCGCCUUCGCGCCAUGCAACCUCAAGCUCUCCAGGCUCGACAGCCCGUGUAUCUGGUGUCGAUGCUGAGUUACUCCAGAAACGUCGACGGCUUGGCCUGCCAGACUCGACGGCGCCUGUCCUAGCUAAGAAGGGUAGCCUAACGGCUACCAUUUCUUCCAUUGUUUCCCGACGACCGCAAGCUCGGGAUCCCUUGAAGAGCCUCAAAGAAUCACCGGCAAAGUAUUCUCCGAGUGAUCGAACCGAACUCUUGAGAAGACUGGCCACUUUUCAAGAAAUAACAGAUUGGACGCCCAAGCCGGACAAGGUGAAUGAGGUGGAAUGGGCUAAGAGAGGAUGGGUAUGCAAUGGCAAAGAGACAGUGCGCUGUCUGCUCUGUCACCGAGAGCUGGUUGUUAAGCUCAACCGCAAAGUGGUUGACGGCAAAGAGGUUGCCGUGUUGGUAUCGUCUGAGAUUGAGGAGGCUUUGGUCGAUAAAUACGCUGAUCUUAUCGUUACCUCACACCAAGAGGAUUGUCUAUGGCGCAAGCGAGGCUGUGACGAUUCUCUUCUUCGCCUGUCUCUCGCCAACACGAGCAGCGGUCUCAAGUCUCUACGAGAACGAUACGAUGAGCUCCUGUCGAGAAAAUCCUUCCUUCCAUAUGAGUUCAAUCUUCGUCUUCCAGACGAGUUGAAACUUGACGAAAUUCUUGCCCAACUGCCCGCUGAUUUCUUCACCAACCCGGCGCCUGCCAACCCCGAAGUUGGAUCUCGCCCGAACCGAGUUGCGCUGGCGCUUGCUCUGAUGGGAUGGCAGGGACUCGACAAUCCUCGCAUUGGUGCUGUCCCUAAUUCCGCAUCUUGCCAUACCUGCCUCAGACGGCUAGGGCUUUGGAUGUUCAAGAGCAAGGAGGUUGCGGACGACGGCGAGGUUCUUGUUCCUGCUCCCAUGGACUUCCUGGACCCCGUUAGGGAACAUCGUUUCUUCUGCCCCUGGUCCAACCCGGAGACCCAACGUCAGAGCCAUGCCCAUACUCGACCAGAGCAGGACUUGCCGGGGUGGAAAGUGUUGAUGCAGACACUGGCCAAUGACGCCCAUCUUCGUAGCGUCUAUGAAGGCCGCUCACCAGCACGACACCGAGCUCAACGAUCGAUCGGAGCCCCCUCAACCCCGCGGAGACCUGGGACUGCUGCCUCUAUCUCCACACCACAAACACUGCCUGCCAUGCGCACCGCCACCCCAGACUCUGCUGGUGUAACGGGCUCAGAUCAUGUUGAAGAGAGCGAAAAGGAGAGGGACGCAAAAGACAAGGAACGAUGGGCAAGAUUGAGGAGAGUGAAGAGUUUGUUUGACAACAAGGGCAGCAGAAAGCUGCGGCACUCUAUAAGCCGUUCUAUCAGCCGUCCAGGAACAGCGCACUCGACAAAGUCGGGAGGAGGCCAGAAAGAAUGA